UCUCCGAUGAUAAGAUGGAUCAGAGCGGCAUUCAGUAGCCUGGAGGUCGCCGUCUGUCCUAUAUAAUAGGAACUCGGCACUGAAGCGCUUACAACCAGACACAAUCUCACGCCGCCAACACCCGCCAACACAACAAAGCCUUACAACCGCAGAACCCAGCUGUUCGGACUACGGAGUUAGUUUGCGCGCCCGCAGCGGACUAACAAGUUCGCUACAUCCCCCAGUGAUUGUGACAGUGUGAUAGACCAUAUCAAGAUGAAUAGCUAUUUAAAAAUUGCAUUAUUGCUAUGUGCAUGUGUGAUGCUAACAACCGCGCAGUACAACUUCGGUUUCUCGGACGGUUAUUACGGGGGUUCGUUUGGCGGCGGCUUCAACGCUCUGUCCGGUUCAGUGAGGGACCCUAGAGCAAAUACAGGGCCCGUAGUGUUCCCCCCCUCACCACCCGGGGACCCAUCCCAAACCAGCGGCGUGGUCCCCGGUGCGUCCGGAUAUGGUUUCCAACCUCCUGGCGUUCAAGGUAUACCAAGGUACUUCUACAGCCGAUAUUUUGGAAGAAGAUAAAAUUUAAGAAUCUUUUUGCAAACAACAUUUCAGACCCUCUUAAAUUUUUGUAUAGUAAUAUGUAACAUAUUGUAUGUACAUUCACUUAUACUUACAUUUAUAUUUAUCAAAAUAACCAUGUAAAUAUUAUGAUAAAUCUGUGAUAAAACUUUUAUAAUGAGGAAGCAUGUUUAGGGUUUGUGUUAUAUAAUACACCUACAAUUGACUAAUAGAUUAUAUUAUAAGGAUCACAAAAAACGAAUGCCUAAGUAGUCAUCAUUAGUUCUUAUAUAUGAUGUAUUCCUAGGAAAAUUGUAAACGCCAAUUGCCCUUCAUCCUAUCCUAUAUCGCUCUAAUGUUUAAAGUAUAUAAAAUAGAUUAGUCGAUUAAUUGUAACUAGACACUUAUUAAUUUAACUUCUUCCGAGGAUAUGUAAUAUUAAAGAAUAUACCUUCACCAUAAAGACUAUAGUAUUUAUUAUGUUUAUUAUGUUAUCUGUGCUAAAGGGUAUAAAAGCAAUUGGGUUCAUUUUUAAAUUCUAUAAUCCUAUUGCUAUUAUAAAUGCGUCAGUUCGUAAGGAUAUGUGUGUGUUUGUUACUCUUUGACGCAAAAACUACUGAACCGAUUGCAAUGAAAUUUGGUACAUUGAUAGCUGGACAACUGAAAUAACAUAUAGGAAACUUUUUAUCCCGAUAUUCCUACGGGAUACGGACUUACGCGGGUGUAACUGCGGGGCGCAGCUAGUAAUAUCUAUAAUCGUAGUUAAAUAACGAAGAAACGGAAGGAUACUAUUUUUGUGGUCAAUUCAAAUUCCUUUGCUGUCAUUAUCACUGCGAUUAAUAUUCAGGUGAUACGAGAUAUAAGCUAAAUCUCCCGGGUAGAAGAAAUUGUGUGUAAUUUUCUUACGGAUACUCACUUCAUAGUUACCAUAAUGUAGCGCUUAUUACGUGUAAACAUGUAAUAAAUGCAUAUAUGCAAAUGAUGUAUAUUUAUAAAUAUGAUGUUCAAUGUACAAUUUUGAUAUCAUAUUUAUUUAAGUUAAUUAUAUUAGUAUCGAACUAAUUAAGAUUAAAUAAGAAAAAAACUUUACAAAAUAUUACCCACUCCAAUUAUUGUGAAUAAAAGUUUUCACGCAGUUUUUAUUUUUAAGAAUUGUUUACAGCUAGUCCUAAAUAACGAACAAAUCAAUACGAAACUCGAUUUCAUAAUAUCCUAUGUAUGAAAAUAUUUCAACGAAAUUUAUUUAGACAUUCAUUAAUUAUUUAAGGAUAUCAUAUUCAGAAACUGUUAAAACUUCAAGGUGCUAACAUAGGACAUGCAUGUUGUUAUUACAUAAUACAUAUUUUGAUAGGUGGUAGUCGUAAAAUAUUAUCUAUGUACUAUGAGACAUUAAAAUAAAAUCGAAUGUUGCGUAUUACUUUAUUUUCGGAACGUAAAUUUCUCAGCACGUUACUCAUUAUAUUAUGCAAUUUGAGAAGCAUGACUUUGUAGUUGUAAUUUAUUAACUGUCUAUGUUAAAUUCUUCAAUUAGUUUAUCACCAGAAGAUAACAUUGUAAAACCAAAACCGAAUUUGUUAUGCACUAAAUUUGUAACUAAUACGCAAGCUAUUCAAAUACUGUUUCAUACGAGGCUUACUAUUUCUAUGAAUAGUUCUAUUAUUAUAUAAGAAAUGUAAUAUAAAAUAGUUAUGUAGGUAUACACACGAAACAUAGAAAUCGGAUACUUGAUGUGUGAUAAAAAACGUGUUUAUGCUUAAAUCUUAACUUAUGUACGAUUGUCAAUUAUGUUGUAUUUGAUUGUGUAAAAUAAAAUAUUAUAAGUAA